AGUGCAUACUUCCCAACACACCUAUAAAUUUGUCGCGAUAGCCGUUCUACUUCCUCGAUUGAUCUAGAAAGGCACCGGAGUGAGGAAAUGGCGGCGUCUGUCGGCGCUGCACGUCGAGCCCUUCUCCACCGCUCCACUUCCUCUAGGGGUAGCUUACGUCGAAGUGCUUCCCUUCCUGCUUGCGCCUCUGCCCGCGCAACACGCCGGGUACUGCCAUCGAGUACUUCGAGGGACUGUGGUUUAUUGGUUUGUAGGCUUCCUGUAGAAUUGUAUAUUAUGCAGUCCUUGAUGCCAUUUCACAGCGCCACUGCUUCGGCCUUGCUCACUUCGAAGCUCUCUCUGAAGGCUGGGAGAUGGGCAUGGCUAUCAGAAGGAUUCGCUACACCACUAUGACUAGGCCUGUGGAUUUUCGCAGCCGUAGACCUGCUAUUUUCAUUACUGUCAUGCUUUUUUUUGUUUAUAUCUUCAAGUUCAAGUAGGAACACUGUCGUAGUUGCAAUGUCUGUCAUCUUAAACUUUUGAAAGAAAAAAGAAAGCUACUUUUUUUAUUUA